AUGGCAGACAGCUUGGAUGGUGGUGCAGGUCAUCUUAAGCUCAACCUGACCCCAGAGGAGAAGAGAGUCUAUGGUCAGCUCUUCCGUGCUGCUGACCCAGAUGGCUUCGGAGCCGUCUCUGGCGACGUCGCGGUCACAUUCUUUGACAGGACGAAGCUCUCAUCGGAGGUCCUAGGCCAAAUCUGGCAACUCGCAGACACCGAGAAUCGUGGGCUUCUCACGCCGUCGGGUUUCAGUGUCGUGCUACGGUUGAUUGGCCACGCGCAGGCAGGCAAGGUGCCCACGGCAGACUUGGCUUCCCAACCUGGGCCAUUGCCGCGGUUUGACGGAAUCUCACAACCCGCCCCCAGCAUAGCUCCUCAGACUACAGGGCCGCCUAUUAGCCCCACACAAUCUGCCCUACCUCCCAUACGAGUACCGACGCUGCCGCCCGAGAAGGUCCACGAAUACUCGUCUUUGUUUGAGAAGUCGGGAGCUGAAAAUGGUAUGCUCUCCGGGAUCAUUGCAAAACAGAUAUUCGAACGAGCUAGAUUACCCAACGAGGUUCUGGGUCGCAUUUGGAAUCUAGCAGACACCCAAGGCAGAGGUGCGUUGGACACGACCGAAUUCGCUAUAGCCAUGCAUUUACUGGCUUCAUAUAAGAGUGGUACAAUGAGAGGGGUUCCUCAGAGCCUUCCUCCUGGGUUAUAUGAGGCAGCAGCGAAACGAGUACCUACCCGUACCUCAACAGGAUCUUUUGCAGGCGCUGGCAGUCCUUCCACGCCUUUGGUACCUUCACAAUUUACAGGCAUAAGUGCGGGGCGGCCUCAAAGCCCAAUUGCGAGACAGCAGAUGGGCACACCCCUCUCCGCGCAAUCGACUGGGGAUGGUUGGGCUAUCAGUCCUGCAGACAAAGCAAGAUUUGAUCAAAUCUUCUCGGGAUUAGACAAGUCGAAUCGUGGUUAUAUUACAGGUGAUCAAGCGGUGGAUUUUUUCGGCAACGCGCGAUUACCGGAGGAGAGUCUAGCUCAAAUAUGGGAUCUCGCGGAUAUCAAUUCCGAAGGUCGGCUGAACAGAGACGAAUUUGCUGUCGCGAUGUAUCUCAUAAGACAACAGAGGGGGACGAAAGAAGGACGGGGAAAUCUACCUGCUACUCUUCCACCAGCGUUAGUGCCUCCGAUGAUGCGCAAACAACAAGCUCCGCCUUCCCAGCCGACCGCGCCAGCCUUCGAAAAUGCACCUGUAACCAAACCCAGAUCUGCAGCAGAUGACUUGUUCGGACUCGACGCUUUCUCUUCUGCACCUACACAGGCUCCUCAAUCGACAGGUGGCUCCACCGCAGGCGGGCCCUUUCAGAAUCCUAAGUCUCCACCACCACCUACAAGCUCCUCUUCAAGUCCUUCUACGAACUUCAAGCCAUUCGUUCCAUCUUCUUCAUUUGGUCAAAGUAUAGCUCCACAGCAGACUGGCAUUCCUACGGCAGCUCGUGCACGUGCUCUUCAACCUUCCGCUUCGGAUGACUUGCUUGGCGAUGCAGAUCCAGAAGUCAGCCAAAAGCUGACUUCGGAAACCAGCGAGCUCGCUAACCUCUCCAACCAGGUCGGCAAUCUUUCAACGCAGAUGCAAGGGCUUCAAGGUACUAGGGCGUCUACUGAGCAGGAGUUGUCUCAAGGGGCUCAGCAGAAGAGAGAGUUUGAGGCAAGACUCUCUCAAUUGCGGACAUUGUACGAAAAAGAAGUCAAAGAUGUCAAGGCGUUGCAGGAGCAAUUGUCAGCUCAGCGAGGCGAGACCAAAAGAAUGCAACAAGAUAUUGCAAUGCUUGACGGAGGUUUGCAGGAUCUGCAGAGCCAGCAUCAACAACUUUCGACGGCCCUAGAAGCAGAAUUGCGCGAAAAGGCUACCUUAAAUGAGAAAAUCAAGGCCACAAAUAAUGAGGUGAACGACUUGAAGCUCCGAGUGGAAAAGAUGAAAUCCGAAGCGCGUCAACAGAAAGGGUUGGUAGCUAUCGGUAAGAAGCAGCUUGCGACGCUCGAUGCAGAAAGGGAUCGACUCCAGGAGGAACUCGAUGCAGCUAAGGUCGAUCGUGACGCGGCAAAAAGGGAGGCGGAUGAGCGGGCACGUAGUGCACCUCCAACGUCAUCUGUUGCGAGCCCAGCGAAUAUAGCAAGUCCGGCAGCCUCCACCACGAGCGCCACCAAUCCCUUCUUCCGACGUGGGACUGGUACUUCCGAGGUCCCUUUCUCCCCACCCAUCCCUAGUCGCCAGCAAACGUUGGAACGCGACAAUGCAUUUGACUCUAUGUUUGGACCUUCUUUUGCAGCUCCAGCCGCUUCAACUCCACCUCCACCUGUCACCUCCUUUGAGAAUGAGCCAUCUAAGUCUGAACAACGAGCAGGGACAGAGAUCUCACCAUCCACUUCGCCGUUCGUAUUUUCACCUAGUGAGCCUGUACCGGGUAGCGAGCCACCAGCUCCUCCACCGUCAAGCCAGAUCACAAGCGCCGCAUUGCCCCUUCGUGAACCGUUAAACCGCGGGGACUCGAUCAGCUCUUCUGUCAAGGUAGCAGUACCCGCUAGUCGUUUAAGCCCUGCAGACACUCCAAGAGCGGCCACGCCGUCUGCUUCAGCCUCAAGCAUAUACAGCCAGAAUGGUGACUUGCCUACUCCCGGUGACAAAGAAUUCCCCACAGCGGAAGCUGAGAGAUCACAACCCUUUCCUCCUAUCGAACGAGGAACGCCAGAUAUUCGUGGGACUGAAGUCCCAACCAUCAGCGAACCCUCCAGUGAGAAAGGUCCUUCUCAAGACAUCCCUGGUGCUUUUCCGCAAUUCGAAACUCCAAGAUCUGAAAAUCCCCCAACAGUCGGCGCAGAUGCGGCCGGAGCUGCCGCCGUAAAAGCAUUCGAUGAGCAUGAAGAUAGGCAGGAGCCUGCGGGUAAAUCUGGUGAUCUUGACACAGACUUCGAUCAAUAUUUCGGAGGGCCUGCCCACUCACGAUCGCCUUCUCAAAAGGCAGCGGAUUUUGACUCGGCUUUCGACUCGGCUUUCGCGAACUUCAAGGCACCAAAUACUAACGGCACAGCAAGUACCACGAAGAAUGAAUUUCCGCCAAUCCGAGAACUGGAUGACAAUGAAACCGACGACAGCAGUGAAGCUCCUACAGGUUUCGAGGAUGAUUUCACGCCAGCAUCGCCUCCGAAGGCGCCCAAGGAGAAGGCAGCCGAGCAGGGUAAACCAGAAAUUGCAUCUGCUGUGCCAGAAUCACUGCGAGCGAGGCCUCCAUUCAACACUCUACCUUCUACAAACAGCUCUUUGCCAGAAAUAGACGCGCAAACUUCACCACCAACGUAUGGCGAGAGCGUGCCUCAUGACAAUCCUGAUCAAUUUCCUCCCGAAUUCAAGGGCCUCCUACCUCACAGAGGUGAUCCAACCUCUCCCGUAAACGAACCACCUCAUUCUUUGGAUCACGAUUUGGGUGGACCUGCUAACCGUAGUCUAUCACAACCAUAUGCACCUGAGGCUGCGAAGUCACCACCGUCCGCUGUAACGACGGGAGCAUUGUCAGCAGCCGCGCCGACCCAGCAAGGAAAGGUCACGGAGGAUGACUUUGAUGCUGCUUUUGCCGACAUGACUCCAGCUCCAGUGGUAGACGACGACGACGACGACCUCGGCACGGCUUUUGCCAACAAUCAUACCGCUAUAGAAUUUGAUCCAACUUUUGAUUCACCAGCACUAUCAAAGUCAACAACGACGAGAAUACCAGCUCCUAUGGCUUCUUCGCACUUUUCGACCACAGCGGAACCAAACGCCACGAAAGACAUCGGAGCAACAACCGAAUUCUACAAUUUCCCAUCCAACAACAACUACUCACAGCCAUCAGUAGCGCCAGGGCACCCAGCGCCAACUUCAACCACCUUUAAAGACAGCGAUUGGGAUGAUAUGUUCGCCUCGCUAGGCAAUCGCUCUACCCCAUCCACGACCGCUCCCAACAGCACCAACUUCGCUCCUGUAGCGACGGAAACAUUCUCGCCACCGCCCGGCCCACCUCCGAACAUGGCUGGCUCUUCGACGGUGACACCAGCAGUGGGAAAUGAGACAUCCUUCCCAUCUUCCACCAUAUUCAAAACGGAGGACACGAAGCCCGAAAGACCUGUCCCAGGCCGAGCACUGACCAUGGGUUCGGAACACGAUGAUCCGAUCCUGAAGCGGCUGACGGCUUUGGGAUGGAGUAGGGAGGAAAGCCUAAAUGCGUUAGAGAGAUUUGAUUAUAAUAUCGAUAAGGUGAGUUUGAGUUUCUUCUACCUCGACUAG